AUGCACACAGAUCACACGGCUGGUCUUACGUCUUCUUGGAACACCUAUAGAAUUUACUGCUCAGACGUGACCAGGAAACUGGCAAUAGCUAAACUGGGUCUGAGGAGUGAACUUGUUGUAGGACUGCCUCUUGACGAACCCGUGACAAUAAAUUUAGAUGAAGUCGGCGAAGAAAUGUUGACGGUAACAUUGAUAGAUGCAAAUCAUUGUCCUGGAUCUGUUAUGUUCGUUUUCGAAGGCUACUUUGGGAGAAUUCUGUACACCGGUGACUUCCGUUUCUGCGAGCGUUUCCUGACACAUUCUGCCACUAAAGGGAAAAAAUUUGACAUACUUUACUUGGAUAACACUUACUGCGAUCCUAAAUGCGCAUUUCCCUCGCGUUCAUCUGUAACUAUGACUAUUAUGGAAAUAAUUCGAAAUCAUCCACAACACAAAGUAAUUAUUGGUCUUCACUCUCUUGGAAAAGAAGCCCUACUUCGUGCUAUUGCUGUAACUUGUGAGAUGUGGAUUGGAGUGGACGCAACCAGAAUGGAAACACUGAAACUACUUCAAAUGCCAGAUGUGUUUACUUGUGAUGUGGAUAGAACUAAAAUUCAGGUGGUAAAGACCCGGGAAAUUACUAAAAGGAACAUUCAAAUGUGGAACUCUGUAGAACCAACUAUUGCAAUAUUACCAACUUGUCUUUAUGUUGGGGGACAAAACCCGUAUGAAAAUGUACCAAAUGUUUUUGUCGUUCCAUACUCAGAUCAUUGUUCCUUUGAAGAGUUAAGAAGGUUUGUCCAGAGCAUCAAACCAAGGAAAAUAAUUCCAAUAGUCCACAAACACAGGUUGUCACCAGGUGACACUAUCAACAAUCGAGUGAACAUGAACAUUUUUCAUCAACUGAUGGAUUCUUCACCAUCAGAGCAAUAUGAGGUUCCCCAUUCUGUUGAAUGUUACAUGACUGUAGGAGUUGCACAAGAAACUGACCGUAAGACAAGGGCAAAAAUUAUGAAGAAAGCUCCCUUGCGAAAAGUUCCUAAGUACAAAGAGCCAUGUGGAGUUGUCUUUCCACCCAGUCUUGAGAUGAGUGAAAAUGCAGGGAAAAACUGUUUGGCUGGAGAUAUUUCUGAAGGAAAAUCAAGGAUGGGUUUAGAUGAUGCCUGUGACAUGGCAAGGAAGAUCGGUGGUGUUGAAAUAAACAUAGCUGUGCCUGCUUCCAGGAGACAAGAAAGUGAUUCAGUAUUGAAAUUAGAGGUGGAAAAUGGCACUGAAAACAACUAUUUUGAACCAGACCAAGAUGCUAAAGAGGACUCCAGCAGACCAGAACGCGAUUCAGUAACAAAAGCAGAGGUGGAAAGUGUUAUUGAAAACCAUGAUUUUGAC